AUGAGUUCAGUAUCGAAUCAAAGUCGACGAUCAGCGUUGAAUUCCACUCGAAACAUCCUGGUCGAUGAUAUGGUAGUCAAGUCCCAGAUCUGGGACACUAUCGGCCAAGAACGAUUUGCGUCACUGGCGUGCAGUUCAAAGUUCAAACCGAAGAUGCAAAGGCAUUUGCUGAGAGAGCACCUUUUUCAUGUUAGCAGGAAAGCUCUCGAGGCUAGUGAUAAACCCACAGCCUUACCUAAAGGACAGACCAUUAAUGUCGGGUCGAAGGAUGAUGUUUCAGCUGUAAAGACAGGUGGUUUCUGCUCUACUUAG